AUGGAAGGGGAUGAGUUUGUCUCACGAGCAUGCGAAGCCUCGCUCGAGAUACCCAUCGUGUUGCUCACGGGUCUCGCUCUCGAUGAAGCCGACGCGCCCGAGGGGAUCGAGACCCAUGAGGCCAGGGAGAUAUCCCGGCAGAGGAUUAUGAAAAAACAGGCGCUCCAUAUUUUGCUCGUGGAAGACAACCUGGUCGAUGCUCGACAGAUCAUCCGCCAGCUCAGUCGGCUCGAGCGUGUUCACGCCGAGAUCGUGCACGUCGAGACCUACGAGGGGGCCAUCGAUGCCCUGGUCGAGAGCCAGGCCGGUUUCGACAUCAUCCUGCUCGACCUCGGCUUGCCCGACACCUCAGAGUUCGAAGCGUUGCGCGGGCUCUCGGCGCAGUUCCCGUGGGUGCCGGUCAUCGUCCUGAGCGGCUUCGAUGAGGACGCCAUCCUCGAUCUCACCAUGGAUAUGGGCGCUCAGGAUUACCUCCAGAAAGGCUCCUACGAACCCGCCUUGCUCGGUCGCGCCAUCUCGCACGCCAUCAAACGCAAGGCCUCUCUCGAGAUCCUCCACCAGCUCGAGGCGCGCCAACAGGUCGUCGAACGCUUCACCGAGGAGCUCGUGAUCGUCCACGAACUCAGCGGUGAGUGUCUCUACACGUCAGGCGCGCUCCAGAUCUUCUCGGGGAAGUAUCGCACCAACCUCGUCGGCAAGGCGAUCCAGAACCUGAUGCACCCCAGAGAUCGCGACGAGUUCAAUCGCCGCGUCCGGGAGCUCGGGCCGCUCGAUGUGAUGACCUUUCGCUUUCGCCUCGAGGGGAAGCAGGGCAAGACCGAGUGGGUCGAGUCGCGCACGACCUGGCUCGAUGACGGCGAGGAUCGAGAUGCGCCGCCGCUGAUUUCGGUCUGGCGCGAUGUCACCGAACAACAAAAGCUCCAGGAGCAGCUCCUCCACUCCCAGAAGAUGGAGGCCGUGGGUCGCCUCACCGGCGGCGUAGCGCAUGACUUCAACAACCUGCUCACGAUCGUCCUGAGCUGCUCGGAGUCCCUGCUCGGCUCACUGCCGGAUAACCACCGCGGCGUCGAAGAUGUCAGGAUGAUCAUGGACGCCGCCGAACGCGGCGCGGCGCUCACGCGCCAGCUCCUCACGUUCAGCAGGCAGGAGCUCAUCCAGAUCAUGUCCGCCGACCUCAACGAGGUCGUCAACUCCCUCUCGGGCAUGCUCGAGCGCACCAUCGGAGAACAUAUCGAGCUCGAGGUGCAGCUCGCCGCGCGACCCUGUUUCAUCCAGUCGGACAUCUCCCAACUCGAGCAGGUGGUCAUGAACCUCGUGAUCAACGCGCGCGAGGCGAUGCCCGCUGGCGGCAAGGUCCGGGUCGAGACCGGCGCGGUCUCUUUCGACAAGGACUCCCUCCCCACCGCCGCCGCCGCGCCAGGGUACUACUACUUCGUGCGCGUCAAGGAUCAGGGGUUGGGGAUGAGCGCGGAUGUUCGCAGCAAGAUCUUCGAGCCCUUCUUCUCGACCAAGGAGCGCGUCGGUGGGAUGGGCCUCGGGCUGGCAAACGUGUACGCGAUCGCCAGCCAGCGCAGAGGGUUUAUCACCGUCGACUCCGAGGUCGGCGUGGGCUCGACCUUCACCGUCUUCUUCCCCAGACACGAGAACGCCGAUGAGCUCGACCGGCAGGAUGAGGGGAAGAAGAAGUCCGAGCUGCGCGAGGCGAACAUCCUCUACGCUGAGGAUGAUGAUAUGCUCCGGCGCCUGGCGAGUAAUCUGCUCACCGAGCAAGGCUUCAGCGUCUCGAGCGCGUCCAAUGGCAUCGAGGCGCUCGAGCUCCUGCGCGCGGCCAGGAACCCCUUCGAUCUGGUGAUCACCGAUGUGGUCAUGCCCAAGAUGGGCGGCGCGAUGCUCGCGCGAUAUGUGCAAGAAGAGAGCCCCGGCACGAUCAUCCUGUUCACGACCGGCUACACCGAAGACGCGACCUUCGUCGAGGAGUUCUCGAGCAAGAAGUUCCCUUGCCUGAUCAAGCCGUUCGCGCCGAGCAAAUUGCUCGCCAAGAUCCAGGAGUGCCUGGAGCUUCGCGAGCAGCAAGCCCUCGAUGAGCAGGAGUGA